CCUAAUACAUUACCAUCAGCUGUUCAUUUCUAGUAUUUACACGUUAUCGUUUGCCGUUUACAGGUAUAGCGUUCAGCAUCGCCUUCUUCAAUUUCGCCGGUAUCAGCGUCACGAAAGAAAUGAGCGCGACGACGAGGAUGAUCUUGGACAGCGUUCGUACGAUCGUGAUAUGGGCCUUCUCCCUAGCCCUCCGGUGGCAGUCUUUCCAUUACAUGCAGCUCAUCGGCUUCGCGAUUCUGCUGAUCGGCAUGGCGUGCUACAACAACAUCGUUAUACCGCAGUUGGUGAGGAAAUGCCGGUGCCGCCUGGGCCGGCACACUUCGUCCAGAAACGAGGAUCGUAUUAUUAAUACCGCCGCGGACGAUGUGCAAGAAACAAUAUGAAAGUACGUACGAUAAGCCGCAUUCGAAGGCAUCGUACGCUAAUCGCUUACCGCUGAUUGAGCGACAAACAAGUUUUCAACGGAAAAGACUAAGCGGAGAUCUGUGGAGCUGUACAACGCACGCGCGGAGAUGAAUAAUCGUGGUUCUUACGUCUUUCAUUAUUACAAGGGAAUCACAUGCAGCGAGUGAUCAUGACUCUCGUAUCUUCCUUCUUUUACCGCCUGCUGAUAAGAUACAAGUUUGAAGUAAAGAGAGGCUCUUCCUCAGAAAGAUGUGUUCGUACUAGGGCUCGCUAUUAUACGUUUAAACGGAAACACGUUUACACGUAUAAUUAGCAUAUCCGUUCAUUAGAAACGUUUUCCCGAAUAUACGUGUUUUAAGGUAUUAUAAACGGAAAGCGUUUACACGUAUAUUAAACGUUUAUCUGUUUAUAAUCACGCCUUACGUAUAAACAUUUUUCCACAAGUAAACAUUUUUCUCCACCUCUUAUUUUUAAUUUCAUUGGCUCGUCAUUGACGUUACACCAAGUCGACGACGACGACGGUGACGACAGUGCACAACGUCAACGACGACGACGGUGACGAUGUUGCACCACGUCGACGACGAAGACUACGAGGACGACGACGACGUUAUACCACGAGGAUAACACAAGCUGAAAUUGGUUGCAUGUAGUCGAUUACCGCAUAAUUUCAAGUUAUUGACCUUCGAAGCUACUUCACAUCUUCGAAGCUUCGAUCUUUAAUUCGUAUAAUAAACUAGGGAUGGGCGAUGUCGGGAAAAACAAUCGAUUAUUGAUUAAUCGUUUGUCCAGAUAACCGAUUACACAUGAUUGAUUAUUUCUUAAACGAAUAAGAACAAUAACAUUGAAUAAUUGAUUAAGCGAAAUAAAAAA